UGUCGCCCGAACGUCGCGCAGAUAUUGCACAGACCUCGGACGAAGUGGACGUACUUUUACACAAGCGGAGAACCCCUCAGAGCGAACCAAGUGAUCGAACCAAGUAAACCGGCUCAACUUGUUCAGCGGACAUCCAGACAAACCGAGUGCUUCGAUUGCGGUCGCGCUCAAGUGAUAGAUAGGGGCACGAUAGAUACUAUAUUUCUGGGGACGGUGAUACGGUCAGUGCUUGAGUGGCAAUCUUGGCGAGCAGUCGAGCCGAGAACAAAGUGCAUUGAUUGCCAGCAGGAAAGGUGGUGCAGAGGUGUUGCUCCCCGCCGUUGUUACCAUGGGGUUGCUGCGACGAAACAGUUUAAAUAUUCCGUUCGGCAAAUGGUUGUCGCCGGGAACGACGAGUGGCGGCACACCGGCGGCAACCGCGAUACCGACCGGUACGAGCCGGAACAAUUUUGGCAGCUCGGUGGCCAUCCAGAAGCUGCGCGAAAGCAAAUGGUUCGACGCCGGUGAGGAGCGUAUCUUUUGCGCCGUGAUCGAGAACGGAUUCAUUGUCGAGGUGCGCCACUCAGAAACCGGUGACAACUGGUUUGGUGUAGUGACAAUCGAGCUGAAGAAAUCAAUUCCGAAACCUACGGCCGAGAAUGUAAAAAUCUACUCCGUUCGCAUGAAGGGAAAUGAGAAGAAACCGAUGAAGGUGUACUGCGUGACGUUGAGUCAUCUGUGGCAGCAGGGAUACCAGUUGCGAAUCAACAAUAUUGCCGACCGCACAAAGAAAGCCCACCCGGAGCAGGACAUAUUGGCUCAAAUUAAGUACGCCUCCAAAUGCCAGAUGGUUUUCCACAAUAGUCAACAUUUCUGUGAAUUUUGUCGAUACGGAGACAGACCGCAGGACAGCCGAAAGCGACAAGUAAGUGCGUUACUGAAACGCUUCGAGGACGCGUUGCAAGGAGCGCAGAACAGCUACUUCUGAGCUAUACGACAAGGAGCGCCUGGAGGAGCGAAGAUAUCGGAUUGCGCCAAGUGGGGUGGUGUGAAUAUAGGAGCCACUCUUAUAUUCUUGGAAAUGCAAAAGAAGUCCAAAUCUGCAUCACAUUGAACAAGUGCGGCGCAUUCUCCACCAUAUCGUGGCAACUCCUGAACUGGUCCGUAGCUUUAAGCAUUUCAGAAAACGUAGUAUCUGCGGCGAAACGCAAUUGUGAAUGUGAUUUCUUCAAAAUCGUUAUCUAUGGAUAGUUAAGGUGAUAAGAAAUAAGACAAGAAGACAUAUGAUUUCAGAAUAGCUUUAAGUCUCGUUGCACGCGAUGCUGCGCAAAGUACAUUCACAAUGUGAAUUGUUUUUAUAUAAAACGGAAAUGUAACACCAAAUCAUUAUCUAAAGCCAUGAAAAGAUGGACUUUUAUAAGGUGUAAAAUAUUAGGCGUAUCAGCUUAUACUUUCGUUUACACGGAAAAUGGUACAUAAUUUUCCAUUCAGUAAAAAUAAAUUAUUUUGAAGCACA